AUGACUCAACGCGUAUUUGCCGGCGGGCCACCAGUAUUUGCCGGCGGGCCACCAGUAUUUGCCGGCGGGCCACCAGUAUUUGCCGGCGGGCCACCAGUAUUUGCCGGCGGGCCACCAGUAUUUGCCGGCGGGCCACCAGUAUUUGCCGGCGGGCCACCAGUAUUUGCCGGCGGGCCACCAGUAUUUGCCGGCGGGCCACCAGUAUUUGCCGGGGGCCACCAGUAUUUGCGCCGUAUUGCGGGACUUUGGGGCCACCAGUAUUUGCCGGGGGCCGCGGUCUGUGCACUUCUGCGCUAA